UACUGAACAUUUGUUCCCAACCCCCUCUCCCGCACGGAAGUUUUCGUCUUCAUCGUUCCAAACCCUAACCCCAAAUCCUCUCUCUCACUCGCUCACUCACUCCUUCUCCACUAGCCAUGGCGGAGCUGAAACUCUCAGAGUCCCGAGACCUAACCCGAAUAGAGAGAAUCGGCGCACACUCCCACAUCCGAGGCCUGGGUCUCGACUCGACCCUCGAGCCCCGCUCCAUCUCGGAGGGCAUGGUCGGCCAGACCUCGGCCCGCAAGGCCGCCGGCGUCAUCGUCCAGAUGGUCAAAGAAGGCAAAAUCGCCGGUCGCGCCGUUCUCCUCGCCGGCCAACCCGGCACCGGCAAGACCGCCAUCGCCAUGGGCAUGGCCAAGUCCCUCGGCCAAGAAACCCCUUUCGCAAUGCUCGCUGGCAGCGAACUCUUCUCUCUCGAGAUGUCCAAAACCGAAGCCCUAAUGCAAGCCUUUCGAAAAGCAAUCGGAGUCCGAAUCAAAGAAGAAACGGAGGUCAUUGAAGGAGAAGUUGUCGAGAUUCAAAUUGAUCGGCCUGCGGUGGCUGGAGCGGCCUCCAAGACUGGGAAGCUGACGCUGAAGACCACGGAGAUGGAGACUGUAUAUGAUUUGGGGGCCAAGAUGAUUGAGGCUUUGGGGAAGGAUAAGGUUCAGAGUGGGGAUGUAAUUGCCAUUGAUAAAGCUUCUGGGAAGAUUAGUAAGCUUGGCAGGUCGUUUUCGAGGUCUAGGGAUUACGAUGCCAUGGGACCGCAGACCAAGUUCGUGCAGUGUCCUGAUGGGGAGUUGCAGAAGAGGAAAGAGGUCGUGCAUUGCGUUAAUCUUCACGAGAUUGAUGUUAUCAAUAGCAGAACACAGGGAUUUCUGGCUCUCUUCACCGGUGAUACUGGAGAAAUUCGCGCUGAAGUGAGGGAACAAAUUGACACAAAGGUUGCAGAGUGGAGGGAGGAAGGAAAGGCAGAGAUUGUGCCUGGUGUCCUCUUCAUUGAUGAAGUCCACAUGCUUGACAUUGAGUGUUUCUCUUUCCUAAACCGUGCUUUAGAAAAUGAUAUGGCACCGAUAUUGGUUGUUGCCACCAACAGAGGGAUCACUACAAUCCGAGGCACAAAUUACAAGUCUCCCCAUGGGAUUCCAAUUGAUUUCCUUGAUCGCCUACUCAUCAUCUCCACACAGCCCUACACAGAAGAAGAAAUUCGGAAAAUUCUAGACAUUAGAUCCCAAGAGGAAGAUGUGGAGAUGUCUGAAGAUGCGAAAGUGUUAUUGACAAAGAUUGGGGUAGAUACGUCUUUGAGAUAUGCCAUCAACCUAAUUACAUCUGCUUCAUUAGCUUGCCAUAAGCGGAAGGGAAAGAUUGUGGAAAUGGAGGACAUAAGUCGAGUUUAUGAACUAUUUUGGGAUGUGAAGAGAUCAACACAAUACUUGAUGGAAUAUCAGAGCCAGUACAUGUUCAAUGAAGUGCCACCAGGAGAGGCAGAUGAAGAUGAAGCCAAUGCCAUGGUCACUUGAGACUUUAUUCAGACUUGGAAAUUUGGGAGUUUGUGAUCUUAAUUGUGUAGCAACCAGAUUGUCAUGGAGGAUAGUCAAUGCAUAACGUAAUUUCCAUGUAAAAGUUAGGAUGAACAGAGAUUGAGUAGUUUCUAUUUACAUAUGGUUUUUGGAUUGUCAGGAUGUAUGCAUUUUUGUCUCAUUUGUAGAGAGGUUAUGUGGUUUGAAUUAUUUUUACAGCAGUUUAUUGCUUAUUGCCCUUUUUCAUUUGCAGUGAUGAAGAAUGAAAUAUGGACAAGUUUAUUUCCAUUUAUUUCCUAUAA